UUACACUGCAGGCUCUUUGCAAAAAUGGGGGACGACAAACCUUUUGUGUGCAACGCUCCCGGCUGUGGACAGAGGUUUACCAACGAGGACCACUUGGCGGUUCACAAACACAAGCAUGAGAUGACGCUGAAGUUUGGACCUGCCAGAACCGACUCUGUUAUCAUCGCAGAUCAAACACCCACCCCCACCCGUUUCCUUAAGAACUGCGAGGAAGUUGGUUUGUUCAACGAGCUGGCCAGUUCUUUUGAUGCAGACGAUGACGAGAAGAGAGCCAAGAACUCUCUUCCUGCAGCCAACUCUGUGGCUUUGGACAUGAGCCUGCAGACCCCGUCAGACGUGAAGGUGAAGAAGGAGGAACCUGUGGAAGUGGAUUCUUCGCCACCAGGCAGUCCCGAGUCACUAUCUGGAACAUCAGACAGCAACAAUGAGCCUAUGAUUAAAGCAAAGGACACACCACCAAGGCACUCAGCCCCCACCCCAACUAUUGUGCGACCCGGUUCUCUUCCACUACACUUGGGCUUUGAUGCUCUUCAUCCCACCAUGCCGUCCCCCACCUCUGUCAUCACACAGGCACCACCUUCAAAUCGCACUUUAGGUUCACCGACCAGCCAUUACCCGAUGAUGAUGCUUCCCUCUGGUCAGCCGGUUCCUCUGCUCCCUGGUCCUGUUCAUAUACCAUCUGUUAUUAACCUGGCCCGACCCAUGUGUAUGGUACCCAACAUUCCUGGCAUCCCUGGUCCCCCUCUGGGAGGCAGCAGCAGCGGCUCAAACUCCCCCUCUGGCUACAGCAUCCACACAGAGGCCAAGAUGCGUCUGAAGGCUGCCCUGUCCCAGCAGAGCCCAUCAGGACAGAGUUUGGGGGUCAUGGCCAUGGGCAGCAGCCCCAUGGUACCUCAGAAGGCAGAGCAGAAUCAGCUUCUUGUCCAGCACCCAGAUGCUCCAUCACCCGCACAACCUCAGGUAUCUCCAGCGCAGCCUACAGGUGGGCGUCGGCGGCGGACGUUAGACGAUGACCCAGAUGAGAGAAGGCAGCGCUUCCUGGAGAGGAACAGGGCGGCGGCGUCGCGCUGCAGACAGAAACGCAAACUGUGGGUCAACUCUCUGGAGAAGAAGGCCGAGGAGCUCAGCUCUCUGAACAUCUCACUGUCGAAUGAGGUGUCUCUGCUGAGAAAUGAGGUGGCUCAUUUGAAGCAGCUGCUGCUGGCCCACAAAGACUGUCCUGUAACAACCCUACAAAAGAAAACCGCCUACCUAGCUACAGAAGAGAGUUUGAAAGACACGUCAGAGCCCACAGGUUCUCCAGCCCCGGUCAUUCAGCACAGUUCUUUGGCGUCGAGCCCCUCCACAGGGCACAACGGCCUGAGCUCCAGGGCUGCGGCCGAGGCCAUGGCCAUGUCUGUUCUGGCAGGGAUGGGCCAGCAGCAGAGGGCAGAGAGCGGACCCUCUCACAUCAUCGUAGCUGCACACUCUCAUUCUGCUGCCAGAUGAUGAGCAGCGUCACCCGCUGGCCCCGGACUUGGCUCGUCACCCUGGGGAAGAAAAGACUCUCCGCCAUCCGCAGCCUCCGAGUCCAGAUUUCACGCCUCCUCCCUCAUCCUUCUCACCUGUUUUAAAUCCUCCUGCGGAGCCAUGACGCUGUGGCCUGGAGCUCAGCGGCAGCCUUCUGGUAACGGACUGAGACUUUUAAAGGAGCUUCCUGUUCACUAUGCCACAAACUACAGGGGCUGGACUCCAGUAUCCCCCUCCCUUUUGGUCUUCCUGCUCAUCCCUCCUGUCCCUCAGUCAGUAUGACUCCUCAUCAGACUAAUGGACUGCAUCAGGUGAUCCACCUCAAUGAACUUCAUGUGAAGACGUACAGCACAGUUUCAAACGCAGUCGUUUCGUAAAUAUCCUAGAUCCUACUGGAUACAACAGGCUGGGCUUUAUGUCGUUUUCAGCGUGGAGUAGUGCCUUGUGUUGCUAGCCUCUCGAGCCACGCUGAUACCCACACACCCAUCAUUUCACUUCUCAAUAUUUCACUAAACAUUCAACAAACGGUUCCAGUUUGAUGCGAUCUCAACACCGACCCAAUAACCAUCUCUCAUAUACACCCCUUUAUGGUCAAAUGCAUUAAACGUGUGUGUGAUUGUUUAUUUUGUCAACUAAAACAUAUGCGUUUGCUUGCUUCCCAUUUGAUGCAUUUGACUUAUUCUGACAUCCUAACAAAGGAUGUGCAGCUAUUUUCUAAUCAACAAAUCCUCUUAAAUGAAUCUAAAAUACAUUUUUGAUAGCAGCUUUAAAUUGGUUUAAUUGUGAAGGAAAUAGAGACUUUAGCGUCCUUUACAUGUUUAUUAAGAAAACAAGAUGGAUGUUGUAGUGGUUUGUAAGUUGGUUGCCUCUCUCUCUCUCUUUUUUUUUUGUUAGAGAAAAUUUCUCUCAUGACUGUUAGUGUGUGUGGGUCCAGGACUUCAUAUAACUGCUAUUUUAACACUUCUCAGGAUGGCUGAACAUCCUUGCUGCUCGAUGGAAGUGCGAUGAACCCCUUUAGUCUUUUUUGCUCUUAAACCAAACCUUAAACUAAGCCAUAAGUACAACAACAACAACAAAAAACAAUCUGUGAAUCUCCAAAGACCUCCUGGUACUUGUUCUGGGACAGAAAAAAACAAGCCUGAACUGUUGUUUUGUUACAGUGACUGAGUCAAUAGUAUAUCAGUGCUUUUUUUCUUUUUUCUUUUUUUUCUUUUUUUUUUUUUGCACUUUGACACAAUUUCACACACACACCACCAUCUGAUCUUUGUUGCCUUAAGAUCACAUUUGUGCCUCAGAUUUUCCCACUAAUAUAUAAAAGAAGUUGAGCCAAUUUAAAAAAAACUACAAUCUAUUGAGGAAAUAUAUAUAUUUAUUUUUCCUUAUUCUUUGAUUAUUUCUUCAGACUAACAACAGUCUACUCCCUACUAAAGGUUCCUCAACACUUUUUAUUUUCUGUUUUGAUCAGUUUGCUUUACUGAAUGCAGACAUUGCAGAACUCGUCUGUCAUCUGGUGGAGAGUCAUGGCAAGGACACGUUUGGCAAAAAAGCUACUUGUGGUUGUUUCUAAAUGGCUCCAGUUCUUUAGAAAUCUUACUAAGAUAUGUUACUAGAUAUCAAUAUAUAUAUAUAUAUUUUUGCAUAAACACCGAAGCAAAUUGUCUGUUUUUCCUUUUUUGUGCAUUUCUGUUCCUGUUUUGUUCAAUAUGAUUGUGUAUUCGCAGGAUACAAUAUUUCAAAAGCUUAAUAUUGGUUAUUCUAACUACUUGUCUGUAUGCACUAAACUAAUGAGGGUUUAUUGUUUAGUUUUCUGCUCAUCUGUUCAGUUGUUUCCUCUUAAUUUGUUUGUGUGACAUCGGAAAACACAUCAGAACUUUAUUCACAACAGUUCUUCUAUUGUUCAUACUAUACACAUGGUUGGGAAUUUGCCAUUUACUUUAAAAACAAAUUGUAACCUCCGACUGAACCUCUCGUCCUACAGUCCCAAUGGUGACCCUGGCAUUUUAUUUUACUUGUUGGCCCUAUAUUCAGCCAACAGUCCCAUAUGGAUAGUUUAUAUAAAAUGAAAUUAAAACUAUAUUUAGUGUUCAUGUUUUUCAUGUUGUUUGUUUAAUUUGUGUGAUGGGCACCUUCUCUGUCAUUUUCCUUCCUCAACGCUUUUAAUUGUACCGAUGAAUAUACUCAUUUCUUUAACAAAGACUUUGUUUCUCUGCAAAAACUGUGGACCCUUUUCAACAAAUACCCCCAUUCGUAAACUUUUACAGAAGAAUUUGGUUCGUCUUUUGACUGUUCUUAACUAACUUAUUUUGAAUAAUUGGUCAAUUAGCAUUUUUUUAUUUCAGUCCUUGCCCUUUUACUAUUAGAGUUCCUGUAAAAAGGACCAUUUAAAAGGAAAAAAUGCAACAACGUGUAAGUUGCACUUACAGUAGUAUGUUAAUAGUCUUUUACACUCCCAUUGUCAGACUGAUGGUAUAAGAAAAUACGUUGUACUGUACAUAUCUGUACUAUAUGAAUAUAUUUACUUUUCCAUGCAUGUCCAAGUGGAAUACCAUGAACACUUAAAGUGCUGAAGUUUUAAUUAAACAAACUACAUCCUAAUGGAUGGUCUGUGA